AUGACAGCCACGACGGAGGUCGACGCGCGCCCGACGGACGCGGUCGAGUCGACGGCGACGGAGGGCGCGCGGCCGCUGCGCAAGUUCAAGCUGCGCGAGGUGCGCGACAUGUGCGACGGCUUCUCGUCCAAGUGCCCCGUGCUGGGCGAGGGCUCCUUCGGCAUGGUGUAUCGCGGCAGCGCGGAGCUCGACGGGCGCGCGGUCGACGUGGCGGUGAAGCGGCUCAGCGCGGAGAGCCAGCAGGGCGUCGACGAGUGGCUGGUGCGUGCCGUGCGGGGGUGUCUGCAGCAAGGUGCACCCCGCAUCCAUCCAUAUCCUCUCCUCGCACCUCUGGCUCACUCCCUCCCACCCCCCUCCCACCCCCUCGCACCCCCUUCCCCUCACCUCCCUUCCCCUCCCCAUUUUCACCCCCCUCUCUCUUCCCUUCCCCACCUCGUGCACCGCUGGGUGCCCGGCGCUGAGCAGGCGGAGGUGCUGAUACUGGAUCGGCUGCGGCAUGCGAAUCUCACCCUCUUCUCCUCCCCUCCCCAUCUUCACCCCCGCCCUCUUCCUUCCCCCCCUCGUGCUCACCUGGGCAAGCGCGCGGGGCAGGAGCCAUUCUCGUGGGAGCGGCGGGUGAGCGUGGCGUGGCAGGCGGCGGAGGCGCUGGCGUAUCUGCACGCCAAUGAUGUCAUCCACCGCGACUUCAAGCCUUCGAAUGUUCUGCUUGAUGCGGACUGGACGGCGAAGCUGAGCGACUUUGGGAUGUGCAAGGAGCAGGAGGCGGGCAAGUCGCACGUGUCCACGCGGGUCAUGGGAACUCUGGGGUACCUCGACCCUGACUACAUGGAAACAGGGCUGCUGCGCCAGAGUUCAGACGUGUACGCCUUUGGGGUAUUUCUGCUGGAGCUGAUCACGGGCAAGCGCGCGGUCUCAGACACGGGGCAGCCGCUCACCAGCUGGGUGUUCCCGCUGCUGGACCAGAAGAAGCCCGAGAUCGACCUGCUGAUUGACUCGGCGCUGGAGAGCAGCUUUGACCGCGACAGCGCGCUCAAGAUCGCCGUGAUUGCCAAGUUCUGCAUCGGGGAGGAGGAGCUGCGCCCCGAGAUGACCGCCGUCGCUGAGAGGCUCAAGAAGCUCGUCGCCUCGUGA